CAUAUUUUAACGGUGUUACUAACACCGUUAAUCCAAUUAACAAAAUGCUUACCUGGCUGCCAACUCAUCGAACACAUCAUCGACAACUCAAUAAUAUUUGCCACAUAGAUUACACGUAAUAUUUUAGUUUUAAAAAAUUAAAUAUCAUCUUCUUCCUCCGUCUCUUCUUCUCUCUCCCCUCCCACUGCCCGUCGUCCAAACUUCCCAUCUUCCAAAUCCUCUGUCGCCGGCCACAAAAAUCAAAAUCCCUAAUUAAUUUCCCCGUCCAAACUUCCUCCUUCCUUUUUCCCAAUAACACCACCCCAACCACUCUCCUUCUCCAAUUACCUUCUCCUUUUCCCCAAUAACACCACCCCAACCACUCUCUCCUUCUCCACUUACGUUCUCCUCUGAGAUUCUGGAAGGCGGUUCUUCCAAUUAAACUCCACAUGUUUAGAGCUAGGGCUACACAACGGCGGUUCCGUCGCCUCUUACAGCUGAAGGAAGCAAUCUCUAGCAUAUCCUCACUUAUCGAUUCACAAAGCAACACCGCCAGGCCACCGUUGCGUCUCCACCAUUACUCUGCCCCGCCGCCACUUCAUUGCGCCACCAAAGUUGAUGUCAUUGUCCCCUGAUGCAAAGAUGAGGGAUUUUUUGCUGGCAGCUCCUUCAAAACGUCGGUUCCAUGGGGACCUUCAGCAGCUAGUGAUGGACGAGAGCGUCGGUGGAACCCUAGUGAGGAGGGAUGCGUCGGCAGGAAGGGGAAUCGCGAAGAGGGGGAUUUUCGAUGGAGAGAGGGAGAGCGCAAUGAAGAUGAGGGGCAGCUGGGGGAACGAAAGGAGAAAGAACCAAGAGGAGAGAGAAAUAUUUUUUUAAAUUUUUUUUUCCAGUUAAUUCCACCUCAUAUUUUUAUUGACUAAAAGGUUGACAUGUCAGUUUUUCAGUUAGUCUAGUCAGCACAUUAACUCACACCGUCAAAGAAUUGGACGAAAGUGUCCAUUUUUGGUAUUUCGGCAAAAGUGGCUAUAUUUGGCUAAACCAUCAAAGUUUUGGCUAUACAAAUGUAUUUUGCCUAAAUUGUAAACAAACACUAAGCGAAGAUUUGAAAAACAGAGGACUUUUCACGGAUAGCUACCCUAUUAAAUAUUAUGAAAAGAAAAGUUUAAUACGUGA